AGAACCUGUUUGUCCACCUCUCUCCUGCCUUAUCAUUUCCUGGGAGUUGUCUUUCCAUUUCCCAGCAGCCAGGGAAAGCGGCAAACAGUCCCCUACCCGAGAGUUGUUCUGACUUCAUUGUUCCAAAGGUCGAUUCCUCCUCCGGUCGUCUCCCCGCAGACACGCCAGGCCCUGGAGUUGUUUCGUUUCUUUCGUCCUCUGGCUGCUCCAUCUUUCUGCCUCAUCCGUCCCGCUUCCUCCAAGGGCCCCCAAGAUGCCCUACCUGACGAGAGGGGACGCCAUGAGGCUGCUGUGCACCAUCGCAGAUAAGAAGGAAAUGAAAGCAGCCGUCCACCAUGCAUGGAAGGGAGCUGGUGUGGUGAGCACCGUGGCCUUCAUUGGUGGCCUGCUCGGUGGUCCCCCAGGACUCGCCGUUGGGGGCACCGUCGGAGGGCUGGUGGCCUGGAUGGUGAGUGAGCCCUUCAAGCCUGUCCCUGAGAUCCUAAUGGAGCUGUCACCCGCUGAGGAGCAGAAGCUGUUCAACGAGCUCAGGGGCAUCCUGAAGAACUGGGGUUGGAGAGACAUCGCAGACCUGACCGUGCAGGUCUUGAGCAACGAGAGGCUUCAGCAGCAGGUGGCUCGCAUGCUCAUGGACUUCCUCCAGACUCAGCUUAAGGCUAAGGUGCGGUGUGGCAGCUAGCCUCUGCGGCAGCGGGCCCACAGGAGCGACGGGGGCUGGGGCGGCCACAGCGCCGUGUGCCCCUUACACCUGCGAUGCUCAGCCUUUUCACCGCGUGACACACGCAAAAAAACCACAGAAACUCUGGGGCACUGCAGAAAAUAAAUUCUAAUUUCUGCUGAC